UGAAACAGAAGUAAUUAGGUUUUGAUGGAAAUGUCAUUAUAUUUGUCCUUUAAUGUAUUAGAUUCGACCUAUGGAAGCGAUACAAGGCAGAAUCAAGCGUUAGAGACUCUUCGUAAAUUGGGAGUAGAAUUUAGUGAAGAAAAUUGUAAAGCAUUCGUUACAAAGAAGAUAGAUAUUUCCAUUCGAUGUGGUGGAGGUCGAGCACAAAUCAUGAGUGCUUUCAAAUUUCUAAAAGAAGAAGGUCUCUCCAUAGAAGAAGGAAUGUAUAGUUCUUGUCUUUGUUACUUAAUUGAUGAAAAAAUGGAAAAGAAGUUCAAGUUUCUUAUCAGAAUACUCAAAGAAGAGAUUCCUGAUUCUUCACCAGUACUUGGUUACUAUGAAAUGCUUUUUUGGAUUGAGCUUAAUGAUGUACAAAAGAUCGAGGAGAUUGGUUGUGGCAUCAUCGAUAGAUGGGGCAAGCUAUCGAGCUUGGAAGUACAUUAUCUGGAAGCAUUGUGUGUUGGAAAUGAGGAUGAGUUUCUGAAGACGUUGUUAGAAACUGUAGACAUAACCAAAGCUUCUUCGUUGGAAGAAUUGGCACCAAUUUUUGAAUAUCUUGGACGGUCGGAAUCAUUGGUUGAAGCUAUCAGGUUACUUGGGAAGCUGAAAACGACUUUAAGCCCUGAGCAUAUUUCACUCCUCAUUUUUUGGUACGCAACUAGCAUCGAGUAUGUCUGGGUGAGUUAUUCUUGCAUUCAGGUUUUGAUUGCUCAAUAGCUCGAACUUAUCGUGGAACA